UUAGUGUAUUUAUGCUCCAAAUUCUUUCUGACGUUGGAAGCUUUAAGAGAAUGAUUUCUUUUUUCAUUUAAAAAAAUAUUUAUGCUGCUGAUCUUAAGAAAUGUAUCUUAAAAACAUCAGUGGAAUUCUAAGAAGGAUUUCUAGAAAGAUUCUAAUGGUUUUCUUCAUGCUACAAAUGGCUGCUGAUUUGGUUCUGUGCCAGCUGCAUUACAUGGUUCCUGAGGAAUCCAAACAUGGCACCUUUGUUGGGAGACUUGCUCAGGACUUGGGGCUGCAGAUUAAUGAUAUGAAUGCCAGAAGACCAAGGAUAAUCUCUAAAGAUGGAAGCGAGUAUUUCCAGGUAAAUCUGCAAAAUGGAAUUAUAUUUGUUAAUAGGGUCAUUGACAGAGAAAUGCUGUGUCCUGAGAUCAGUAUAUGUAUUGUGCAGCUGGAAGUCAUACUUGAUAAACCAGUACAGAUUCACCAUGUAGAUGUAGAAAUUGAGGAUAUAAAUGACAAUUUCCCUAUUUUUUCAUCCACUGAAUUCAAACUACAAAUAUCAGAGAUGAGACAGUCAGGAUCUCGUUUGCCACUAGAGGGAGCAGUUGAUGCUGAUAUUGGAACAAAUUCUGUUACUGGCUAUGAGCUCAGCCUAAAUGAUUAUUUUUCAUUAGAUGUUCAGUCAUAUACGCAUGAAAGCAAAUCCGUUCAGCUUGUAUUGAGGAAACCUCUAGACAGAGAACAGAUCCCACUUCAUAAUAUUACACUAAUUGCAUUUGAUGGAGGCAAGCCUAAAUUAAGUGGAACAACCCAACUGCUGAUUACAGUGCAAGACAUAAAUGACAAUGCUCCAGUGUUUAAUGAAGAAAUUUACAGAGCUAGUUUGUUGGAAAAUGCUUUAAAGGGAACAAUUGUCAUUAAAGUUAAUGCAACAGAUUUAGAUGAGGGCGAAAACAGUAAACUUACCUAUGCCUUUAAUAGGCUAGUUCCUCAGCAUGUGAGAACCAUUUUCAGCAUAGAGGAAAACACAGGGAUAAUCCGAGUUGUUGGGGAAGUAGAUUUUGAAAAGAAAAAUCUAUAUGAAAUAGAAGUUAACGCUAUUGACAGAGGUUAUCGUGCCAUGGUGGGGCACUGCAAGGUCUUAGUGAAUGUUUUGGAUGUGAAUGAUAAUCCACCAGAGAUGUCAAUAACGUCCCUUAAUCUUCCUGUUUCUGAGGAUUCAAAAGUGGGAACAGUAGUUGCAAUUAUCAAUGUCCAUGACAAAGAUUCAGGACAAAAUGGAAAAGUGAAAUGUCAAAUAUCUACAAAUGUUCCCUUCAAGAUUGCAUCUACUUUACGAGAAUACUACUCACUGAUAGUAGAUGGGCCAUUAGAUCAUGAAAGCAUAUCAGAAUAUAACUUUGACAUAAUAGCUAUAGAUGAAGGUUUUCCAAGUCUUUCAGUUACAAAAUCCAUCAAAAUUCAAAUAAGUGAUGUAAAUGACAAUCGCCCAUCUUUUCAUCAAGGUGCAGAGACAAUUUUUAUCAAGGAGAACAACCCUCCAGGAUCUCAUGUCUACACAGUGACAGCCUCUGAUGCUGAUACUGGACAGAAUUCUUUUAUUACAUAUUCGCUGAGUGACAGUUCCAUAGAUGGGAUCCCCAUGUCUUCCUACAUCUCUAUCAAUCCAGAAAAUGGCAAAAUAUAUGCUCUGAUGUCAUUUGACCAUGAACAAAUUAUUUACUUUCAGUGCCAAAUAAUAGCUACGGAUGCAGGUCUUCCACAUUUAAGUAGCAAUCUCACUCUGCACAUUUUUAUAGAGGAUAUUAAUGACAAUGCUCCGUCUGCUCUUGCUCCAUUUUACAGCACUGAACCUGCAGUAACUGAGAUGGUACCAAGGUCUUCUAAAGUAGGUCAGUUGGUGACUAAAAUUAAAGCAGUUGAUCCAGAUUCAGGAUACAAUGCUUGGAUUUCCUACAAGCUUAAAGAUCUACCAAGAAAUUCUCCAUUUUCUAUUGGGCGGCAAAAUGGAGAAAUCAUUAUUACACGUUCCCUUAUGGAUUCAGAUGGUGACAAACACAAUCUAAAUAUUAUUUUGAAAGACCAUGGACUUCCUGAAAUGUCUACAAUAGUGACUUUAAUAAUUCUACUUACAGAACCAGAACAAGAGUUGCCAACAGAAAGAAAAAAGCAUAAAGAAAAAAAUGAUGAUUUUUCAGAUGCCAAUAUUUAUCUCAUCAUGUCCAUUUGCUUAAUUGCAAGCAUUUUUCUUAUUACCCUAAUUGUUUACACUGUGCUAAGGUGGCAAAAAUAUACCCAAGAAAUCAAUGCUCUCAAACAAAAUACACUUUGUCCCAGCAUAGCAGGGAGUUGGACUUACUCUCAACAAAGACAGUAUAAGGUUCAUUUAAAUGGAACGCCCCUGAAAAAUGAUUUAAUACUUUUUACACCAAACUUCCCCCAAUCUACAGUGGAAGAUGGAAAUUCUAAUACUGGGAGUCUGGCUUUUGAUUCCGCUGGAAAGGUGAGAGGACCAUGA